AUUGUAAAAUUUGAUUUUGUUUCCCCCCGUUUGUGUCCCAAAUAUUAGUUUGCGUAAUUUGCGCACGGAAUGUCAAACAGCAACUGUCAGCUGGUAAUGUCACAACAAUUCAUGUGCGGUACAUAAACAAAACAAAGGAAUGUAGGGAAAAAUUGCAUAUAUUCACUCACACAAACGCCCACACAGAAUUUCCAGGGCUACGAAUGUGAGUUGUGGAAUUUAUUUCAGCAAAAAGUGGUGGUUUAGUGCAUUCGUUUGGUGUGCCUCACAAUGAGCGACACAGAUAUUUGGUCUGCUGUUAAAGCAGGAGAUGUUAAGAAGCUGCACAAACUGCUGGAAGAUGGGAAACCGAGUGCCGACAUUGGCAAGCAGAUCGACAGUAGUCAAUGGACCAUUUUACACCAUGCUGUCAUGAGUCGUAAUCUGGACGUGGUUAAACUGGUCGUCGAACAUUGCAAUCCGGACAUUACUGCACAGAAUUUUGACGGUCUAACACCAUUAACACUUGCCUGCGAACAAUCGGUUGCCGUUGAGAUCAUCAUCUAUCUGUUGCGGUUGGAAAUGGAUGUGGAAAGCGUGGAAGCAAACGAGUGCAUAACACCGUUGCAUUAUGCUGUGUUUCAAAACCGCAUCGAUCUCGCCAAGGAGCUCAUUGCGAACGGUGUAAAAGUCGACGAUCUGCUACUGCGAGAUUCUUCAUCGCCUUUGUACAUCGUUGCCAUCGUAACGGGCAAUGGGGAAAUGUUGAAAUGUUUGCUAGAUGCGGUAGAUGUGGAAGUGCCCUUUGUCGCGAACGAAGGCUUGGGGUUCACGCUGUUGGAUGUAUUCGCCGAAAGGGCCUCAUAUUCGGCGGAGCAGAAAAUUGUAUGUUUUGAAAUUUUCUACAAACUUGGACAGCUGAACUCAAACGCAGGUGGUAAUGGAUUGCGCUACGAUGUGGCCAAUAUACUGAAACCGGCUGUGCUGAGUUAUACCUCUACAUCGUUAAUUCCCUACUUUAUCGCCACCGAACGCAAAUGGGAAACGCGCGAAGAGAUCCUUUCGUUGUACGACAGGCUGAUACCGGACUAUGGAAUGCUGGCAAUGUUCGUGCUGUGCGAAUGUGGACCAGUGUCGAGCGACAGGAAGGAACUGGAUGAAAUGCUGGAAAAUCCUUAUCUGCAAGAGAUUAUUAUCCAGGUGGCUGAUGAGCUGGAACAAAUGUUUCGAAACACUAUGCGGCAGGAUGAGGAAAAGAUCGCUACAGAGGCAAAGCAACUGUUGGAGGAUUUCGCAACAUUCACAAAGUCGAUACAAUUGGAAAGUAUUCGAAAAGUCAUGCCGCCGGCCGUGCAUGCUGCACUGCUGACAAAACACCUAAUGAUCGACAAACCGCUGAUGAGCAGCAGACAGGACCACGUGGCAUACCAGCCCAUCAUCGACAAUAUGGUGGUCAUGGGCGGCACCGAGAUAGUGGAUGAGAUUGUCGAGAUUUUACUUUUCAACGAAGAGCAGCUAAUGCGACCGGAUUUAGUAUAUCCCUUGCUGAAGUACUGCACCACCAUAUUCAUGUGUCCCGACACCCUUCCCAGCGCACUGAAGAGAAAACAACUGUUUCAGUGGUUUAUGCAUCUGUUUGGUACGUGGAAAAUGGCCAAAGACAUUAGCAGGCCACUGCUGCAUGUGUUCACACUGAAACGCUUGGCGCGCGACGUGGUCCGUGAAACUUUAUGGAACGGAAUGCAUAAAAUAGCACGGGCACGUAAAAGUGCCACAUUCUUCGACCGGCUACAAUCGAUCGAUAUUCCAAACGAACUGAAGGGCUACCUUCGGUACAGUGACUACACGUCCUUGCAAUACUUCCUUUACCAUAUGCAUGACGCUAUAAAUUACUUGAAGGAAUCGAGAAAUCAAGCAGGAGGAGACUGAUUUUCGUUAGGUCGCGAUGCAAUUUUACUUGGCGUACAAUAUGUUUAACUUAUUAUGAACGUGAGUAAUCACUCAUUCUUUACGUUACCCACCGUUAUGUUAACCGAAACGAAACAUAUAAUCAUUCUAUUAUAUAUAAUAUAAACAAUGAUUUGUAAAAUAAAAUU